AUGGCGCCCCCCCCGGCACCGCGCCGUUCCCCCGGGAUCUGUCCCGUCUCCCCGGUGCUCUCGUCGCGGUAUCAGCUGUGGGGCCCCGCCGCGCCCCGGCCCUCAGCAGCGUCCCGCCCGCAGGUGGAGGAUGCGCUCUCCUACCUGGACCAGGUGAAGAUCCGCUUCGGCAGCGACCCGGCCACCUACAACGGCUUCCUGGAGAUCAUGAAGGAGUUCAAAAGCCAGAGCAUUGACACACCCGGAGUCAUCCGACGCGUUUCACAGCUGUUCCAUGAACACCCCGACCUCAUUGUAGGAUUCAAUGCUUUCCUCCCUCUGGGAUACAGAAUAGAAAUUCCAAAGAAUGGGAAGCUAAGUAUACAGUCACCACUGACUAGUCAGGUGCCCUCAGAGGCUGUUCCCAGUGCUCUCCCUGGCAGCGGGCUGUUGUUGCAUUACUCACAGGAGAAUACACACAACCACAGUGACUGCACCGAGGAGUUCAGGCAUCAGCUUCCAUACAAAGAAGACAAAUCCCAAAUUCCUUUGGAGUCUGAUUCUGUAGAGUUCAAUAACGCCAUCAGUUACGUGAAUAAGAUCAAAACUCGCUUCCUUGACCACCCAGAAAUUUACAGAUCCUUUUUAGAAAUUCUUCAUACUUACCAGAAAGAACAGCUUAACACUAAAGGUCGACCCUUCCGGGGCAUGUCAGAGGAAGAAGUGUUUACUGAAGUAGCAAAUCUGUUCAGAGGACAGGAGGAUCUGCUCUCUGAGUUUGGACAGUUUCUUCCAGAGGCUAAAAGGUCUUUGUUCACAGGAAAUGGACCAUGUGAAGUGAACAGUGUCCAGAAAACUGAGCAUGAGAAGAAUCUUGAACACAGCAAAAAGCGAUCCAGACCGCUGCUGUUGCGUCCUGUUUCUGGCCCAGCAAAGAAGAAAAUGAAACUGAGAGGUACCAAAGAUCUGUCAGUAGCAACAGUGGGAAAAUAUGGAACGCUGCAGGAGUUUUCAUUCUUUGACAAGGUGCGCAGAGUGCUCAAAAGUCAGGAGGUCUACGAAAAUUUUCUCCGCUGCAUUGCUCUCUUCAACCAGGAGUUGGUCUCUGGCUCUGAGCUGCUCCAGCUAGUUACGCCAUUUUUAGGGAAAUUUCCAGAGCUGUUUGCACAGUUCAAGUCCUUCCUUGGUGUGAAAGAGCUUUCGUUUGCUUCUCCACUGAGUGACCGAUCUGGGGAUGGAAUGAGCCGGGAAAUAGAUUAUGCUUCCUGCAAACGCAUUGGAUCGAGUUACCGUGCCCUCCCAAAAACCUACCAGCAGCCAAAGUGCAGUGGAAGAACAGCCAUUUGCAAGGAGGUGUUAAAUGAUACCUGGGUUUCAUUUCCAUCCUGGUCUGAAGACUCAACUUUUGUCAGCUCCAAGAAGACUCCUUAUGAGGAACAGUUGCACCGCUGUGAGGAUGAGCGGUUUGAGCUGGAUGUUGUCUUGGAGACCAAUUUAGCCACAAUACGUGUGCUGGAGAGUGUGCAGAAAAAGCUUUCUCGUCUCACUCAAGAGGAUCAGGAAAAAUUUCGGCUGGAUGAUUGCUUGGGAGGAACAUCAGAGGUGAUCCAGCGCAGGGCCAUCUAUCGCAUCUAUGGUGAUAAAGCACCAGAGAUCAUUGAAAGUCUGAAGAAAAACCCAGUUACUGCAGUUCCAGUUGUUCUUAAGAGAUUGAAAGCAAAAGAGGAGGAGUGGCGGGAGGCCCAGCAGGGCUUCAACAAAAUUUGGCGUGAGCAGUACGAGAAAGCCUACCUGAAGUCCCUUGACCACCAGGCUGUCAACUUCAAACAAAAUGACACCAAGGCUUUGCGCUCCAAGAGCUUGUUGAAUGAAAUUGAGAGUGUCUAUGAUGAGCAUCAGGAGCAGCAUUCAGAGGGGAGAAGUUCAUCCACAAAUGAGCCUCAUCUUAUCUUUAUCUACGAAGAUAAGCAGAUUUUGGAAGACGCAGCAUCUCUUAUCAGCUAUUACGUAAAACGUCAGCCUACCAUCCAGAAGGAGGAUCAAGCAACCAUUCAGCAGAUAGUGCACCACUUCAUACCCGAGCUGUUUUUCUCUCAGCCCCCUGAACACAGUAUUUCUGAAGAAUCAACAGAUGAAGACAGAGAAAACCAUCAGGGGCAGAACCUGGAUACUCCAGAGCUACGGAAAAAGCAUGUGCCUGGGCCUCCAAGCAGUCCUUUGGAGACAAAAGCAACCUUCUGUGAUGUUACAGCUGCUGAGCCCCAUAACACUCUGGAUGAUGUUUACAGUCUGUUCUUUGUCAAUAAUAAUUGGUAUUUCUUCCUCCGCCUUCAUCAGACUCUGUGCUCGAGGCUCCUAAAGAUUUAUCGUCAAGCGCAGAAGCAGCUCCUAGAAUAUCGGACUGAAAAAGAGAGGGAGAAACUCCUUUGUGAGGGGAGAAAAGAAAAGACCAAUGAUCCAGCCAUGGAGCUCAGACUGAAGCAACCAAGUGAAGUGGAACUGGAGGAGUACUACCCUGCGUUCCUGGAUAUGGUGAGGAGCCUGCUGGAUGGGAACAUUGACCCAACGCAGUACGAGGACACACUGAGGGAGAUGUUCACCAUCCACGCCUACAUUGGCUUUACUAUGGACAAACUGGUGCAGAAUAUUGUCCGCCAGCUUCACCAUUUAGUGAGCGACGACAUCUGCUUGAAGGUUGUUGAGCUCUACCUGAACGAGAGGAAGCGAGGUGCUGCUGGAGGUAACCUGUCCUCUAGGUGUGUCCGGGCAGCAAAGGAAACCAGUUAUCAGUGGAAGGCUGAACGUUGCAUGGCAGAUGAGAACUGUUUCAAGGUAAUGUUUCUACAGAGGAAAGGCCAGGUGAUCAUGACCAUUGAACUCCUGGAUACAGAAGAAACCCAAACAGAAGAUCCGGUGGAGGUCCAGCACCUUGCUAACUACAUGGAGCAGUACGUUGGGGUGGAAGGAGUUCCAAACAACCAGAAUGAUGGCUUCUUACUGAAACCAGUUUUUCUGCAAAGAAACCUAAAAAAAUUUCGUAAGUGGCAAUGUAAGCAAGUGAGAGCUCUGCGGAGUGAGGUGAAGAGCUCCUGGAAGAGGCUGAUUGGCGUCGAGAGCGCGUGCAACGUGGACUGCCGGUUCAAGCUCAACACCCACAAAAUGAUGUUCAUCAUGAACUCGGAGGAUUACAUGUACAGGCGGGGAGCGCUGUGCCGAGCCAAGCAGGUACAGCCAAUGGUGCUGUUAAAGCACCACCAGCAGUUUGAAGAGUGGCACAACAGAUGGCUAGAAGAGAAUGUGACCAUGGAGGCAGUAGAUGUUGUUCAAGAUUGGCUAAUGGGAGACGAAGAUGAGGAGAUGGUGCCCUGUAAAACAACCUGUGAGACAGUGAAUGUCCAUGGAGUCCCUGUGAACAGAUACAGAGUGCAGUACAGCCGCCGUCCAGCUUCGCCAUGAGGAGAUUUGUGCCUGGGACUUGCUGGUGAAACACAUGUACUCUGAGAAUAGUGGUGGGAAUGCAAUGUAUGUAUUAAUGGUAUUUAUCCAAACAGCAUUUUACUUUGGAUUAUAACGUAUUUUCCAUACGGCAUAGACUUGUCUCCUUGCAGUGUAAUCCUCCAGUCAUCAUGAAGAGACUUAACAGCUUUAAGGAAGAGGGCUCUUGGCAUUGCCACACUUUUUAGUAGUUUCCUAGCUUUAGGCCACUGCUGACCGGCCAAUACAGGAAAGCAGAACAAGUGGGCCAGGCUCCUGGCGAUCUGCCACUGGUGGCUUUGUUGGACAGGAGUUGGCUGGUGCUUGGCAAAUGCUGGCAGCUGCUUCCACUUUGAAAAGUUUAAUGUGCCCUAUCGUCCUGAAUUUGUGCCGUCUUGGAGCCUGCAGAACUCUUCAAUAUAACCUCCAAGUGCCAGCGUGGCACUGAUUGCCAGCCUUGCUGCAGGCUGCUUCCUUAUCUGCGUGUAUUAAUAAGGCAACAGAUGCAGUGUUUGUUACUGGUGCUCUGGUGAGAAAAUGUCGAAACUGAGGCAGAGGUGAACAGCAUACUGACCACUCUUAACUCCUGCUCACCAACUGAGUAUUCUGGAGCAUGAACUAAGGGGAAGAAACCCUGUGAGCUGCAGUGCUGGGGAGAAGAGCCGAGGCCCAUGGCCCACCUGCCCGCAGAGCCCAUCUCACUGCUUUGAGGAUUUGUGACCUGCUGCAGACUGCUGUCUCAGAUCUGAAGCUGCUUGGAGUGUGUGUGUGGAGAAAAAUAUCCAGUGCGAGGUCUGCUCUGAUUAUUUUUGGUAUUUUGCAUGCUGACUGGCAGCCUCUGGAGACUGCGUACUCUUCCUUGUGUGUGCCCAGACUGCGGUUCUGCUGGGUUGUACCACUUAAAUAACGGCAGUAGAUGGAGCUCUUGCAGCACAGCGUUUGCUCUGGAUCUGAAGUUUUGUCCCAGAUACGCCGCUGUUCUGCUAGGUCAGCACAGAUGCUGUGUUUGCAGUGACACAUGGAAGUCUGUAACGGGGAGGAUUAGAUCCAGCCACAACCGCUGAAGCUUUUCCACCAAACCAUCUUUUCUUCUACCCAAGUUUCUUUGAAUAGAAGCAAAAGAAAACAUAACCCAAACCAUACAGAAAACUGCACCAACUGACUGAAAAAAAGGAAAUUCAGCUCUGUCUGUCCUGCAGCCCCGCUGUGACUUUGCUGUUGUUUUUUGGGGCCAAAGGCAAGCAUUCUGUCACGGAGCAUAUGACAGACGUAAUGUGUUGAGGCAGAUCCAGCCUCCUUCAGCUCAACCUCCCGCUUUUCAUGGCUAUUAAGGGAGUAACCCCCCAACCUGGAUCCUUUUUUCGUGGCUUUGAUUUUAGGUUAUCCUUUCUGCCAAACCUAAAUAGCAGCCUGUAGGAUUUGUCCUGGGUUAUUUCCACUGUACAGCGUUGGGUUUUGCAAUUGUCUCACUUGACCGUAGAAAAAUUGGCCUUUGGGGUACAUUUAAUACGAAACUGUACUGACUCUUUGUCUUUUUUGCAAAUUAAUCUGCGGGAGGGAAUGAAGGAGGCCAGUCUUUGGCAUUUGUGGCCACUUGCACAACCGCUGCCAGUGCAGAACUUCUCCUCAAGAACUCAUGUUCUCAUUGUCUGAGUGUCUGUUGAAUUCUGUUACUGAAAUGAGCUGUGGAGGUUCUUCCCCUGCCCACAUAGCUAUGGGAGAGCGAGGUGGAGAGGGGAUUGAGCCCAGUGCAAAGCACAGAAUCCCUUUUUCUUCCUGUCAGCUCAACAGAAUACGCCUCAGUCCUGUUCACCUCUGCUGUCUUCCAGUGGAGAUGAUAACUGUGCCAAAUUUUAUGGUUUUACGAUACAGAAAAAUGUUUACUAGACAAUAGGUUGCAACUUGUGGCUUAAAAUGCGUUUGAUUCCAGGUGUCCCACAGCGUAUGAGGGUAACACACCUGUGUGCCAUCCUGUUCCAUCUCCCCAUUUUUAAGUGUACUUCAGGUAUUUUUAAGCAUCCUUAUUUUGUAAACUUUAAUUUAUAAUCUUGAAUGGAUUACAGCAGACUGUGGCCCUUCGUAGUGCUGUUAUCUCAAAAACAGUGGUAGCAAAUGAUGUGAAGAGAUGGGAUGAGUGGGCAGCACAGGUCUGAGGGUGCUUUGCUGAUGUCUGAGAGUUGAAGCUCAGCUGUUGUGUAUCUGCAAGCACGACCUCGAUUCAAGAGUUUGUUCUUCCAUUUUUUUGAAGGAUCUUUGCUUUUGGGCUUAUUAUUGCUUUGCCAGCUCUUUGAAUGUAGUUUGUUUUUUAUAUUUAUUUGCACAUCCAAGUCAAAUAAAAUACCGAUUUUAAAAGUC